AUCGAGUCAGGAGUCUGGUUCAAAUUCGUUGACCUUGUUAACAGGAUCGGUUCGGCGCGACUUCGGUGUACCGAAUUCGAAGUUUUCCAUCAUUUUUAUACCGAGAUCGGUUUUGAAAAGUACCAUUUUGAAAAAAAUGUCCAAACAUUUUUAAUUUGAUAUCGUGCAUUAAGUUUCGUUAAUAGUUAUUAUCGAUUAAAAAAUUAAUAUCUCGUUAUUUUUCUCGUAAAUUCGAAUUGUGUAACGUGCGGUAACGGCUAGUCGCCGAACGCGCAUUUAUAGUGCGGCAUACCACUCGGACUAAUUUAAUUUUUUCCUACUUGAUAUUUACAAAAUAUCAAUAAUCGGCAUUCACAAGCAACCGAUUGCUGUAUGAGUAAAGGCCGCGGUAAUGCGGUGUCUGGCAGCCGGAUAUGAGGAACGGCGGCGACGGCGGUGGCGUUGUUGCGGUGGCGUCCAGAUAUCGGUGGAGGUACACGUUAACGCUAAUUGUGUGCAUGAUGAUGGCUGUCGACGUGGAGGGCUGCGGCCCAUUGCGCGGCCCGUCCAAGUUCCGGAACCCGCGAAAGAUGAAACCGCUGGUGUUUCAGCAACACGAGCCCAACGUCAGCGAGUACUCAAUCACCGCCAGCGGACCACCAGAGGGUCGAGUCCAGCGCAACGACUCCAGGUUCAUGGAGCUAGUACCCAACUACAACGCAGACAUCGAGUUCAAAGACGACGAGGGCACUGGAGCCGAUCGACUGAUGACUCAGAGGUGUAAAGAAAAGCUCAACACCUUAGCCAUCAGCGUGAUGAACUUGUGGCCGAACGUUCGACUGCGGGUGAUUGACGGAUGGGUGGACCGGGCCGGUAGCAGCCUGCACAACGAGGGGCGGGCGGUAGACAUCACCACGUCAGACAGGGAUAAGUCCAAGUAUGGCAUGUUGGCCCGACUGGCCGUGGAAGCGGGAUUCGAUUGGGUCAAUUACAAUCGUCGGUACAUUCAUUGCUCUUGUAAAUCAGAGACGAAAAUCAACACGAGGACGAUGGGCUGUUUUCCGGGCGACAGCGUGGUGACGACGGGCGCGGGCGUGAAGAAGCGGAUGAAGGACCUCCGGGUCGGCGAGUCGGUGCUGGCGCUGUCCGACGACGGGAUGCUCCGGCCCAGCGAGGUCCUGUUGUUCCUGGACCGGAGCGAGACGGCUCGGACCGAGUACGUGACGCUGGCGACGGACGCGGGCAAUUCGAUAACGGCAACGCCCACGCACCUGGUGCUCCGGUGGGAGAAACCGGAACGGUCGCAGAUCCGGCACGCCAACCCGGUGUACGCGAAAAGCGUGCGCGUCAACGACACGCUGCUGACGGUGGUCAAAGGCGGCGGCGGCAAGCUGCGAUUGCGCACCGAGCGCGUGGUGGCCGUCAGCCGCACCGAGAAGGCGGGCCUUUACGCGCCGCUCACGGUCGACGGCACCGUGGUCGUGGACGACGUCGUGGCCUCGUGUUACGCCGUCAUCGACAGCCAGUGGUUGGCGCACCUGGCGUUCCUGCCCGUCCGCGCGGUGGCCGCGGCCCGGGCGUCCCUGUACGGCCUCGUCUGGCGGCUGGGCCACCCGCUGCACGACGCGCCGUCGGAGCCGCCGUCGCGGCCCGCGGUCGACCCGUCGCCGCCCGCCGACGGCAUACACUGGUAUCCGCGGUUGCUGUACGCCAUAUCCGACUACGCGAUACCGGCCAGUUGGAUGGACACGCACUGAUGAUCCGACCCCGCCCUCGCACUCCAUACAAACAAUCAAUACCUAUUUAUACCUUUAUCGUUUGAUAUCAUAUUAUAUUGUUCAUAUUUUGCCAACUGUUGUGAUUGUCAUU